ACUGACAGGGGCGCACGUUGGUCGAGUGGAAUGAGUUUGGGGCCGACAUGAUCCCCCCCCCCGCAAGACAAAGAACCCACCUCAUCUGCAGCAGAGACAAUCAGACGGCGUCGCUCUUUCUCUCUCUCGUGCGCGGAUCUGUCGAACGAGGAGAACCCACAAGAACCGCAGGCAUCAACAAACGCCGGCUAAUCACUUCCAGGCUGUUCUGCGAAAGGGCUUGGGAUGAUUGACAGUCCCCGCACCUGAUCACCAGGAUGCCCGCAGGGCCUGCGGGCGCUCCAUCUUCCAGCCAGCCCGCGGUCCCGGUCGCCCUCACCUUCUCGCGGCUGCUUCUGCUCCUGCACGCCGCCCUGGCCCAGAAGCCGGCCCGGCUGCCCCUGGUGGGCCGCAAGCCGUUCGUGGCCGCCUGGAACGCGCCGCUGGACAUGUGCGCCAUCAAGUACAACGUCAGCGUCAACCUGGACCGGCUCUUCCACAUCCGCGGCAGCCCCCGCGCCGGCUGGACCGGCCAGAACGUCACCAUCUUCUACGCCAACCGGCUGGGCUACUACCCGCGCUACACGGCGCAGGGCGAGGCGGUGCACGGCGGCGUCCCGCAGAACGGCAGCCUGGACGUGCACCUGUUCAAGGCCUACGAGGACAUCGAGCACUUCAUCCCCUCCGAAGACUUCCGAGGCCUGGCCGUCAUCGACUGGGAGUUCUGGCGGCCGCAGUGGAGCCGCAACUGGCACAAGAAGGACGUGUACCGGCGUAUGUCGCGGGAGCUGACCGCCAAAGCGUACCUUAACGUGACGGCGGCGCAGGUCGAGGAGCUGGCGCGGCGCCGCUUCGAGAAGAGCGCCCGGGCCUUCAUGCAGCGGACGCUCCAGCUGGGCACGCGCCUGCGCCCCAACGGCCUUUGGGGCUUCUACCUCUACCCGGACUGCCACAACUACAACCUCCACGAGGACGACUACACCGGCCUGUGCCCGCUGCCGGAGAGUCUGAGGAACGACGAACUGCGCUGGCUGUGGAACAGCAGCACGGCGCUCUACCCGUCGGUCGCCAUCCGCAAGUCGCACACCAACAGCGUGGGCAAGCUGCACUUUGCCCGCCACCGCGUGCGGGAGGCGCUGCGCGUGGCCUCGCUCACCUCCAACGACUACGACCUCCCCACGUACGUCUACCUGAGGCUGGGAUACCGUGACGAGCCGCUCACCUUCCUCACCACGAAGGACCUGGUCCAGACCAUCGGCGAGAGCGCGGCGCUGGGAGCCGCCGGAUUCGUCAUCUGGGGCGACCUCAACCUGACCACGUCGCGGCACAACUGCACCAAGGUGCGCUGGUUCCUGAGCCACCGUCUGGGCCAGUACAUCACCAAUGUGACGCGGGCCGCCGAGUUCUGCAGCGACUUCCUGUGCCAGAACAACGGACGCUGCGUCCGCCGCAACCCGGGUGCGCGCCACUACCUGCACCUGAACGCCGCCACCUACAGCAUCCGCCCCGCAGGGGGGGACGGAGACUUCACCGUCAGCGGGUGGCACUCGCCCCGGGACCUUCAACUGCUCGAGGAGCGCUUCCGCUGUCAUUGCUAUGAGGGCCACCGAGGCGAGCGCUGCAAUAGCGAAAACGAGGUGCGGGAGGAUGACGACGGACCGCCGGGUGGCGGCGAGGACGACGACGAGAAGGAGCGGCGGAGGACCGAGUGGGAGGAUGAGCAAGGGGGCCGGGCGGAAGAGGGGCGUAGCAGGGCGCCGCCCACCCUCGGCCCUGCUGGUCUUUUGACGCUCUUGAUGCUCUUGUUGAACUUUCGCGAAACACUUGGGACACUUUGCUUGUUAGCGUGUUAACGGUGAUGCGAAGAUGCUAACAUCCGCGGAUCACCAUGCAGCCGAUAUGAAUGUAAUGACUUGAACCCUCAGUUGUUGGUCAAAGGUUUGUCGAUACAGUGAGCCCUCAAGUCCGCAAACCUGUUUUCCGGGGUUGGUCACGUGAUGUUUCGCAUAUUCCGGUUUGGCGUGAGUUAGGGACCCAGACCCGACGCACAUACCAACAAUGUGCAAAUAGAAGACGUUCCAAAUUUAAAAUAUUUGUAAUUGCCUACAUUAAUAGUUUAAAUCAUGCACAACAUACUCCAACAAUGCUCACACUUACUAAGGAUAAACAUAGUGACCACUCACAACAGCUCAUGAUGGCUACUAACUGCUAGUUGCCGUUAAUAACACCUUUUGAUUGCUAAGGACACAAAGGAUGCUUGGACACAAGGACACAAUAUAAAGUUAACCCUAUAUAUACAUUAUACUUACUUUUCAAUCAAUAGUUUUAGUUGUGUUCCACAGAAAAAUCUGAGUGGCAAUUCAUGAAUCAGAGAGGGUUCACUGUAAAAAGAAACAACGAUCUGAGCCCACUGGCCGACCAUCUUGCGCUACACUGCUAGCUAUGCUAACAGAGCUAGCAGCGCUAACGACGUGCCAACCAAUAACAGUCCGUCCAUCUUUUUGUACCCCCGAAAAUGUAGCUGAGAUUGUUGGCUUUCGUUGCCCAGCGAAUGUGAGCUAAUGAAGCUAACACACGUGUGUAUCGUCAAAAACAUCCGCUUCUACCACUAGUAGGUUGUGCUAGCGUGUUAGCGGCUAGUAGAAACUAAUGGUUCUACUGCCAAAUAAAAACAACACGAGGCAAUGUUGUUGUAUAAGAGAUAUCUCAUUCAGACUAAAAGCUUGAGGAUUUUUUUCCCCUGUGGUUUGGUUCUGUUGAGUCAGUGAUGCUAAAAACAACAAAAGGUUUCAAAAAAGUUAGCGAAUGCUAAUGACUAACAAUAAGCUCUUUGACUCGGUCUGAAGUUUGAAAUACUGGUGCUUACGUAGUGAGUCACAACUUCUCAUUUCUAAGCCUUUACUCCUUGACUUUAUUAGCUUAACCAACCAGGUGUAUUUUAUCGUACUCUCUUGACUUUAUAGCGCUUUUUUUAUUUAGUGGAAUUGAACUAGCGGAUCUAACCGAUUUCCUAGCGUCCAUGCAGCUGCGACAAACACUGAAGAAGAAGUCGACGUCGGCACAUAGCCGAGGUCAAGUUGUGACUCGGCGCUUUUCUGUGGUUCUUAACUUCCUCCUCCUCCAAAGUUCAUCAAACCCAAGUGUGUGUGAACCAGUCAGGAACCCACCCCCCAACGCCUACUAACCAUCCUGAAUCAGAUCACCAAACUGUACGCUUUCAUACAAAUGGUUAGUCAGAAUAUGAUAGUCGUGAUGUUAUUUUGAUAUCACUGCCAUGAAAACAAAUCUGGGGGAAAGAAAUAUCAAUACUGUAUGUGUAUGUAUGGUAACAUUCUCUGUAUUGAUACACAAGCGUCAAAUAUUGAUUGUCAUUGCUACAAUAGCUAAACGACAAAUGAAAGCGUACAACGUAUUAUUACGUUCUGCCAAAGGUCAAGUUUGUUUGUAUAGCCCUUAAUCACAAAAGAGUCUCAAAGGGCUUCACAGGCCCACUGUUGGAAAUGAUUGACAACAACCCCCAACCUCACCCCAAACCCCAUCGAGCAGGGAAAAAUUCAAAAGUGGGAGAAACAUACUGAAUCUGAAGCCAUUCAAAUUUGAAGGAUUCUUCCUUAGUUUAAACUCCGUCUCACCACAAAGUGGAGAUAGGCCAAGUAUUUUUCAUGUGAUAUCGAUAACUAACCAAUGUAACUUCCUCGGUAGAGGUAAGAUAUUUAGUCACACUAGGUCAUAGGUGUCAAACUCAAGGCCCGGGGGCCAGAUCCAGCCCACCAUCAUUUCAUGUUGUCUGUGAAAGCAAAUCAUCUGACUUCAAUGAAUGUUGCUAAAAUCUGUACCAAUAUUUCAAGCUAUCAAAUAUAAUAAACAAUAAUGUUGAGAUAUUGCAUUUUUUAUUUAGUUGAACAAACUAUUAUCCUUGCCUUCCGAUUACAAAACUAGUUAUCCCUAAAUUUCUUUUGUAUAUGUAAUAAUAUGACGAGGCGAUUAAUCAUUUAUAUGGUUUCAGUGUCAUAACGAGCCCCUGCGGGAAAUUGGAACUACAACGUGACCAAAAUGAGUCUGACACGCCUGCACUCGAUCAUCUUGUGUAUCUCAAAUCCCAGCAGCAAGUUGAAAACACAAAAACUCAAACUGAUUUCCUGGGUGGUCCAACACAGCACUUCUUUCUUGAGAUUUUUCUGAAUUUCAUCUCACGUGGCGACUAAUCAACUGCAGCAAUUACUGUUUUUGUACUUUGAAUGUCAUGAUUGUAGAGUAAAACGUGCGGCACAUGAAUGUAAAUACACUGCAAAUAAACCAUGUUACCAAUUA